AAUAAGUUGGAUUAAAAGAGGCGUUUGUGACGUUACUUUUCAGAUCUCCGCUCCGCGGGUAUUUAACGUUGAACUAGCUAACGCUAGCUAGCUUGCUAGCUAACGUCGGCUCGCACCUUGCACCACUAGCAGCGGGAUACCGGAGGCAACGUAACUACGUGUUCUUAACGUUGCUGUACAAACGAGGUGAAUAUAAAAGGUCCUCAAAUGUCUUACUGGGUCCGCUGCAACUCCUGCUUCCUGUCCCCCGGGCCGGACAAACACCUGGCCGUCACAACCUGUGGCCACGUCGUCUGCAACACCUGUUAUCAAAAAGGCAAACCAGGAACGUGUUUAAUAUGCAGUUCCAAAUGCCAAGUAUCACCUCUGUCUGACAAAAGCAGUUCGGAGGUGAAGGCGCUGUUCUCCGACAUCCACUGUGUGGCCACCAAGCACACCGAGGAAAUCACCAAAGUUAUAAUGUUCCAGGCAAGACAUCAAAAGAGACUGCUGACUUAUUACCAGCAAAGGAAUGAGAAUUUAGAAGAGGUGUUAGUCAAGAUGAAGAAAGAAAUGCAGCAGAUGGCAAGGAAGCUGCACGAACAGAGCGCCUACAUCUCCAAGCUGGAAAACUCUCUUCAGCAUCAGAGAGUUUCAUCAGCGCCUCAGAAGAUGCAGAGUUAUUACCCGCCGCAUGGACACAAGUCAGUGUCAGUCCUACAGAUCCCCUACAACUCCCCCACGUCCCUCUCGAGACACUCCUCAGCGACCAACAUCUCUGAAAACGUUGACCUGGAUGAAAGGAGCCUGUUCAGAAAACCAAACAGCGGCCCCAGACUGUCCCUAAUCAGUCCUCCACAAGAUGGCCGCAUGGGCACCGUCCCACACAGGCCGUCCAGCCAGAACACGCUGGCCCACCACUCAGCUCGCUCGGCCACAGUCAGUCGUUUCCAAGGAUCUCCGAUGACAGACAUUUCCUACGGCCAGAGUUCUGGAUGGAAGUCUCCCUUCAUUAAGCCCCUCUCCUCCUUAAGACACAUGUCGUCCCUGCUCAGCCCUCCUCCCAAUGCAACACACACCUGAGCCCUCAUGAAGCCUCUAGAGGAAACACACCCGUGUAGGAGCCAUUUAGAAUGUAGUUUUAACCACUGGAUUCACUGAUGAAAUGUGUCCGACUUGAAUGAUGCGAAACUCUGAUUGUGUUUUGGUGAAUUGGUGCACAAUAAAUGAACGU